ACCCGACUGUGGUCAUGUGAUCCAUUGAUUACAUGUCGUCAAGGAGAUUAUACUAUUUCCCGUAGAUUAUGUUGAUUAAUCGUUAGGAUAAACAAUACACAUAAAUUAAUUGUGAAACUGGUAAUUUAAAGAAUGGCGGCAGAUACAAUGACAUACGAUAACCCGUUUGCGCACACUGCAGCGGGUGAAUUAGGCGUAAAUCGCGAUACGAUGCUACAAAAUGAACUUCUUUUAAGGACAGAAUUAGGCAAACCCAAACGUCGUGGGAUCAUUAUCCCAGCUGGAAUCACAUAUGGCCGUCCAAACGAAAUGCGGGGUGGUGGCUCCUCUGAAGCCCUGCAUGGCUGGCCAACCAUUUCAUCCAGCACUUUACCAUUCAAGCGAAAAGAGAAUUCAGCACAGAGAGAUUUUAUGGCCUUGAACAAAGCUGCUGUUUCAGCUGGACUAGUCACUGCAAAUGCUCAGUUUGAAUUCCGUGCCACUCACGAUGUACGACGUAAAACCCAGAGCGGAGACGGGCAACGGAACAGAACCCGACGCAUGCCACCAAGCAUGGUGUUUGGUAUUUCCACAAGACCCUCGACCCCAAUUUUUGACCUUCUUGAGCACAAAUACCAGGACAAAUGGCUUCAAGAGAGACGCAAACUUGAGCUGGCAAAGAGACAAGAAGAAAACAAGAUUUGGGGUCGCACAGCACUAUCGGCUGGAUAUCUCGAUACAAUUCAGAAGCGAUCCCCAGGUCAGGUGUACGAGACCCGCGCCACCCUGUUGAGGACCUACCAGAACCCCGUCAACCCUGAACCCCUCUGGCAGAUGCCCAAAUUCACAAAAGAGGCCAAGCCCUCGUUGCAAACAUUCCGGUCGGGACGUGCCCGCACAAUUGCAUACAGCGCCUUUGAGUCUGACAAAAUUUCUCGAAAGGGGAACCUUGGUCACGGAACAUACGAGUCCGCCAAAAAUUAACAAUUUAUAACAUUGUUUACAGACUUUAUUGAAAUUUUAACCAAUUAAAAAACAAGACUAUUUUAUUCAUCAUAUACAUUAAGUUAUAUUUAAGCGAUCAAUAAAGGAGUUAUAUUUUUCCAAUGCAA